AUGAAGGCGAUUAAAAUGAGAAAACAUCCAGAUAUUUUAGAUGUUUUUCCUUCUCAAAAGAAAAGAAAAUCUUCAGAUAAUCUUAAUUCAUAUCUACAAUAUUUAAUACAAAGUCAUAACCUAAUACGAAUGAUUCUCUCUUGUACUCUUCCUCUGUCAAUUGUUAAUAAUAACGAAUUUAGACAAUUUUGUAGUUCACUUGAUUCAAGGUUUAUACUUCUCAAUAGCGAAACUAUAAGAAAUACAAUUAUUAAUGCAUAUGAUCGAACCAACAAACUUAUUCAAAAUAAAAUAAUUGAAACCGCCGAGUUUGUAGCACUUACUUUAGAUAUUUGGUCACACUCUUAUUUUGAAAUAACUUGUCAUUGGAUUACAUAUGAUUUCAAAUUAAUUGAAGUUGUACUUGAAGUGAUGAAUUUUUCAGGAUCAGAACUUUUUGAAAAACAUCAAUUAACUAAAUUUAGAUUGGCUCAUAAAAAUAUCGUUAGCAUUACUGUUAACAAUGAAGAUAAUGGUAAUGUAAAAACAGCUUUGUCACAAAUGCAAUUUGAAAUUAUUCCAUGUUUGGCAAAUAUUUUGCGAAUUAGUGUUGAUUCAG